UUCAAGGCUCCGUCUCUUGCAACGCCAACAGAGCUAGCUAUAUUGGCAUUUGUGUGUAUCCGUAAUUAAGGAGGUCCUCAAAAUUUAACUCUCUGUGUUUGAUCAACAACUUCCUUCCUUCCUUCCUUCCUUCCUUUCCUUCCUUUCCUUCCUUCCUACAGUUAGCUGCCUUUUACUGGUCGAUCGGGAAAACAAGAGAGAGCACGCAUUCCAAAUUUGCAUUUCUGUGUGGUGUUGUCUGCAGGAAGUCGAUCAUUUUUCUUUUUUUAAGGUGUGGUUUCCAUAAAUUCUCAAUGGCCGGGGGAUCUAAUUCACCUUGUGCCUCCUGCAAGUUGCUAAGGCGCCGCUGUGCUAAGGAUUGUAUCUUCGCUCCUUACUUCCGUCCUGAUGAACCCAAAAAGUUCGCCAUUGUUCACAAGGUCUUCGGUGCUAGCAAUGUCAGCAAGAUGUUGCAGGAACUUCCGGUUCACCAGAGGGCUGAUGCAGUGAAUAGUCUGGUUUAUGAAGCCAGCGCGAGAGUGCGGGAUCCGGUCUAUGGAUGCGUUGGGGCGAUAUCUUGCCUACAGAAUCAGGUCUCCCAGUUACAGCUUCAGCUCGCCGUGGCUCAAGCUGAAAUACUCUCCAUUCAGAUGCAGCAGCCGCAUCAGCAGCAGCAGGAGCAGGAGCCGAGCUUAUUAUUACCAUCGCCAUCAAUGUUAUCAUCCCUGCAGACUGAUCAUCAGGAUAUUGAUGAUGAUAAGUCGUCGACGUCGCUUCUUCUGUCCAGCGCUGCCAACAUCAUCAAUAAUAACCAGCUCAACCUUUCCGGCCAGUACUUUGGCUUUGCUUCCUCUGUCGUCAAUGUAGUCCAAGAUCCUCUAAAGAGAGAGUCCCUCUGGAUUUGAUUUUAUUAAUUAAUAGCUUAAUUGGCUACACUAGACUAGACAGAUAAUUUCACAACUUAAUUGCAGUUACUAAUAAUUAGCUAAUUAUCAUAUACUACAUACACGCAAUAUAUAUAA